AUGUGUAUCACCAUGCGUGAGGCAUGGCUGACCAUAGACCGGCUCAGAAGUGGCCGAGACAUUCGCCUCUCGACCGCGACCAUGAGAGCACUCAACUCUCGACGCCCACGGUCAACCGCGAGCAUCUAUCGGCUCGUGCCUCGCUCGACUCUUUGUUUCUUCUUUCUGCUUUGCGUCCUUCAUCACACACGAGCGCGAAGUGUACCUCAUGAUGACGGCAGCGUCAUUGCGGACCAAGUGCACGAUAAGAUUUCGGAAUCGGUAGAGGUGAGUGAUUUUGACGACGUAAAUAAAGAUAAUGUGGACCAAGCACGAAAAAGCUUGGCGAUAGCAGAACAUAAUGAAGAUGAAGAUGUUAGUGAUGAAGGAAGAAAUAACUCAGAGGAAGAGAUACUCAUCGAGGAUCCUGAAAAGAUCCAGGCCGAAGCUGCCAGUGGCGAAGGUAGCGUGGCAAAAAAGAGACGAAGGAAUGACGUGAGCCUUCCUAGUAAGCCCGUAUCACAGAAUGGAGAGACCGUCAUACAGAAUGUCGAGGACGAAGGUAUUCGACGAUUUGACGCUCAGGUUGAGUCCGACGAUACUGAGGAAGUAGAUCAACGGAAGGUAUCAGACAAUACAGAGAACAGUUCGACUUCGCAAGAAGAUACUAUUGAAAUCAACGUCGAGCAAUUGCAAGCGGAUGUAAAAAACGUAGAUGUGAACACCGAUGAAGAUAGGGCGGGGUCGGAAGAAGAGAAGAACACUUCCUCCAAUCUUGGAGAGAAUCUAGAAGAUGUCAAUUUGAAACACACGGAUAAAAUAGAUUUAAAUAAAGAAGAAACGGGACAGAUUGAAAAUUUAGCAGAACAUAAUUUGGAUGAGGCACAAAUAGAGAAUACUGAGGAAGUGAACGAGGACGUACGAAAUGAACUUCGUAGCUUGCAGCUUGCGCAAACGGAAGAAACCGAAAGUAAUCAAGAAGAACAUGUUGCGGAAGAAACCGAAAGUAAUCAAGAGAAACAUAUCGUCAACGAGGCUCCGAGUAAUGAAGAAAUCGGUGAUGAAGAUUUGGAUUUGAACAGAGAAAAUAGAGCCAGUGUUCCAGGUAAGUCCAAGUACAAGAGUUCGACUGUUUAUUUAAAUGCUGAAGAAGGUAAUUUGCUUGGUCGCGAGCAAGAAUUGAUUGUAGACGGUCAAAUAAAAAAAUUAAUAUCUAUACGAAACGAUGCACUUGAAUCCGUCGGUAACGAUGCGAAACAAUCGGAAAAAUUUGAUGAAGAGAGUCUUCUUUCAGAGAAAUCGGUUGAGGUCGAAGCAGUUGCGGCUGAAGAAGACGAAGCGAUUCGCAAUCAACGUAGCAGCGACGUGAAAACAACAUCGACUCAGAGUGAGAAUCUUGAUCAAUCAUCUUCAAUGACGGAAGCUGAAUUGAACCGUUUUCAAAAAUGGAAGAAUCAAGCUGCGUUUCUUCAGGAACAAAUCAAGAAUAGAACAUUCUUGCUGUAUUUAAGAGAACAUGCAAUUGAGGUGCUCCCUGAUAUUCCAAAAUUCACGGAAAAUCAGUUAUUAGAUACUUUGAAGAACAUUGCGCUAACGCGGAAGUCACCGACAAACGAAACGUAUUUGGAUAGCUUAAACGCGACCGAAAUGACCGAAAACCAAUUAGAAAUAAUAAAAUGCGCCGAGCAACUGGUACAGACGAAACAGCGCCAGUCGUUCGUGGAAAAUAUAGGGGAAUGCAUCCGUGGUCUCAAUGUUUUUAACUGCAUACGUAUCUUCGUCUGGCCCGUCGUGCUCGAUAAUCUCCCGGAAUCAGUUAAGCAGCAUCUGAAUAAUUUACCAAUCGAGGUAAACUUAAACGACUUAUUUCAGGGUAACAAGGCCAAAUCUGCAAGAUCAGAAAACAGCAUUUAUCAUCCGUGGUUGCUAACGCCUGAAUUCGUUGUUUUCAACAUUUUGAAGAGUGCUUUGGAAUCGAAAGUCACUUACGAGUUAGUGCCGUCUUAUAUCGAUCCGACGAACGAAACCUUGAGGGCACUACUCACUAUCGGCCAACUCCAGAUCUUGCAGAUGGCUGAGAAACUUUUACCUGGUGAGAUGCGUCGCGAAUAUUCCGACAGGAUGUUCUCAUGCGUACGCAGAUUCGAGUAUUUCAGCUGCAUCAAGUACUUCGCCUGGCCAAUGGUGAAACAAUAUUAUCCGACGCUACCGGCUUUCCCGGAUUAUCAGAAUUGGUAUCCAUCGAUACCAUUGUAUCCGCAGUAUCCUAUCGUUCCCUUUCCCAGCCUUGUGGGAGCUUCUGGCGAGCUUCCGGAAGUCAUUGAAGCCGAUGCCACGAGAAUGCGGAAGCCUAAGCCGGAAGCGGUGAUCGUAAACAUCCUUCAGAAUACCUUGAAGGAGCACGCGAAGGUUCCUCCUCUAUCUAUCACUCAUUCUACGGAUUCUUACAUCGCUGUACUUCCUCCGGACCAAUUACUGUCAAUCCACAUGGCUGAACAGUUACUUCCUAACGCUUAUCGUCCAGAAUUUGUUCAGAAGACUGUUAAGUGCAUUCAGGAAUUUAAUUAUGUAACCUGUAUUAAAUAUUCUACCUGGCCGACGGUCAAGCAGUUUAUUCCCAAUCUACCGGAUAUUUCCCAGUGGUUACCAGAGUGGCAAUUGCCUGAUUUCUUCGAUUUGUUACCAAAUUUUCAGAUUCCUAAUUUUUCAUCAAUUCUACCAAUUUUAGGAGGAAACCAAUCACCAACUGUACCGAUUCCAUCAACUGUACCGAACCCACCAACUACGUCGACACCGCUAAUCACUGAAAAGCCAUCAGAAUCCGGUGAUGCAGAAAAACCGUCCAGUCGGAUUCCUACAUUAUUAUCGCAUCAAAAUGAAAUGUCUUCCAAAGCAUCCAGCGAAUUAGAAAACAAGGUCACGGAGAUUUUAAUAAAGGUACGUAAUUCCCUGAGAGCGACACCGAAAUAUUCGCAUUUAAUCGUCAGCGAAAAUGUCAUUGUUCUGACAACAAUUACUGAGAAACAACUUAAUAUACUACAAUUAGCGGAGAGCAUGGUACCACCUCUAGCUCGGGCACCUCUUGUCGCUCAAGUUAUGUCUUGCCUCCAGGCGAACAACGAUUUUCUCAAUUGCACUAGAUAUAUCAUUUGGCCUACGGUUGGUCUUUACGUUCCUAAUUUUCCUGAAUUUCCUGAUUUAUCAUCUGCCCAACAACCACCAAAACAAGAAGAUCAAAUACCAUUAAAAGACAAGAACAUUUUAUCUAUUGAAGAUCAACAGGAAUGGAAUAAAUCACAAACGGAUUCCAACGUGAAGAUUAUUUCCAGGACAAAAUUUUCGCAAAAUAAUGAUCCUGUCAUUAGUGUCACUGGUACCCGAUUUGUGCCGAUAUUUACAGAACAUCCUGAAUCGGUAAUACUCAACAUUCUCAAGGCGAUUCAACUAUCUUCGCCAAACGUGCGAGAUGAUCCAAGUGUCAAAAUCACCAGCACACAGCAGUUUGAUCAUCUACUUAAUGAUCAACAAUUGAAUAUUCUUAAGAUAACAGAGGGUUUGUUACCCGAUGCUGCACGUUCUACUUUUAUUGAUCGAAUGAUAGAAUGUGUACGCAAGGACAAUUUUCUAGGAUGUUCAAGGACCAUAUUGUGGCCGUGUUUAUCGGAAUAUUUUCCUAGACUGCCCAGCUUUCCAAACUUUGGAGGACAUCCUCAAGCAGUAAAUAGUAAGUCUACAUUAACUCAGAAUCUGACUGACCCAUCGCCAUUAUCGGAGACCGAUGUGAAAGUCGGUCAGCACGGAGAUGCUACUGUUACCAUUACAGAUACUAGAUUUUAUCCGAUUUUUUCGGAACAUCCAGAAGGUGUAAUUUUAAGAAUACUUAAGACCGUGCAGCAUUCUACGCCGGAAGCCCUACCCUCGAUAAUUACUUCGAGAUCGCCGCAUAUUACAUCUCAUUUCACGGAGCAGCAAGGUAAUAUCAUUCAAACCGCAGAAAGUCUGUUACCAGAAUCAGUAAGACCAAUUUUCGUGGAGAGGAUGAUCACUUGUGUUCGAGAGAGCACGUUCCUCGACUGUACGAGGAAUAUUGUUUGGCCAACAAUUGCUCAAUUCUUCCCAAGACUACCAAACUUUCCUAAUUUUGGAAAUUUCCAAAUUCUGCCAAAAACUAAACUCGAUUUAUCAUCAAUCGUAUUACGCAAUGCUUAUUCCGAUAAUCAGACGUCCAAUAAAAAAAGUGAAAAUAUAUCAAAGAUUGCUAUAGAUACGAUUGAGGAUAAAAUAGAGAAUACAUUGAAGGAUCUGCUAAGCAAGAACUCGUCGCCGCGUUCAGAAAACUCUUACCUGGACGUCAAUAAUCCUGUGAUAGGCACUCUUCUGACUGCUCGGGAAAUAAACAUUGUCAGAUUGACGCAGAGAGCGAUACCGGAUUCGAUACGUCGUGAAUAUUUAAGCAACUUGUUGGACUGCGUGAGAAGCAAUAAUUUUGUGACCUGUACACAACAUGUUACUUGGCCAACUUUGAAGCAAUUUUCGCCAACUAUUCCGAGCUUUGAAGAGUUGUUUGGUCCGUUCCAAAUUCCCGGUAUCGGUCAAAUUCCCGGUAUUGGUCAAAUUCCUGGCAUCGGUCAAAUUCCUGGCAUCGGUCAAAUUCCUGGAGCCGGCCAAAUUCCUGGAGCCGGUCAAAUACCUGGACCCGGUCAAAUUCCUGGAGCCGGCCAAAUUCCUGGAGCUGGUCAAAUUCCUGGAGCCGGCCAAAUUCCUGGAGCUGGUCAAAUUCCUGGGGCUGGCCAAAUUCCUGGAACUGGUCAAAUCCCUGGUAUAAGUCAACUUCCUGUGCAGAUCCCAAGUUUUCCUGUAUUAGGAAAUCCUUUUACCGAGCUUCCCAGCAUACAGCUUCCUCUCCCUCAAUUUCCUACGAUACCAAGCGGAAUUCAAACUGGCAUUCCUCAGUUUCCAGGAUUGCCUAGCUUUGGCGGCAUAAAUUAUCCGCAUUUACAAAUCCUAUCAGAUGUGCCACAAGAUUCGAAGUUGCAGGAGUCAAAGCUGCAAGAAUCAAAGUCGCAGGAGUCAAAGUUGCAGGAACCAAAAUCGGAGUCGAAAUUGCAGGAACCGCAGCCACAGGAGCUAAAGUCUCAAGAACAAACAGUUCAAUCGAAAAUUGCGCACACAGUGGAACAGGCAAACCAGAUAAGUGGAGAAUCGAAGGCUUCGAAUACUCCGUCAGUAGACGAGCAAGAAGCCGUUCCAGGAUAUCUUGGACAACCGUCAAACAUCCUCAUAGAUAUUUCCAAGGAGGAAGUCCAGUUAUCUGAAUUUAAGCAGCAAUCAUUGUCGGAAUCCGUUCCCUCAGGCGCAUUAUCUAAGAAACAUGAAAGGAGACGAAGAAGUACUGAUCAAUUAUUAAAUUCUUAUUACGAGACCGAAGGAGAAAUUGAACAGACUUCGGAGACAACAAUGGAUAGCAUGUUUCCGAAUAUCACGGAAUCUGAUUUUCUUCAGCUUCUAGUUAAUAUUUCCAAAUCUGAAGAAAAUUUGGAAGAAAAAUCCAAAGAUAAUUCAAAGGAAUACUUUGUUGAUACUUUAAAUUAUACAGUCAGGAAUUCUUUAACCGCCGAUCAGUACGAAAUCUUGAAGCUGGUGGAAGAUUUGAACGAACAUACGGCAAAUCGUGGAUUUCUGUCGCGGGUAGUUCGAUGCGUACUUAGCUUGAGCUUCAUCAGAUGCAUGGGCAUUUUCGUCUGGCCAGUAAUCACUAGUACCGUGCCAUCUUUCUUACCAUCCUUACCCGCAUUUCCUAUUGGUUUCGGAAGAUCAAUAGAAACUGAAGUACAGAAUUUCUUUGGUAUGUCCACGAGCGAUUUCGAGAAAGAACUAUUGGCAAGAAAAGAAUCAACGGAAAAUAUUUUCCUGGAGUGGUACAAGACAGCAAUGGAGGACAAGUUUCAGGUAGAUCUGGGUUUCCUGAAACUUAAGGGUUACGGAAAUGGUGAAAUUGGUAUCAGCUUCAAUAGAUUUCGCGAAAGUAGAGCUACGAAGAUCAAAGACAAUAAGAAUUUGCCGAGUAUCCUGACGAUCAUCAGUGAUAUUAUGGAAGAAGUACUGGAUCAGCGGCCGGACAAUGAGAAGAUGAAGAAAGAAAAAGAAAAAAAAGAGAGAAGUCUGAAUGACAUGCAAGAGGCGAAUUUUCAGCUUCUGCAAGAGAGCGACGAGUACACCGACAUUAAGCGAUCUUUAAAUGAUGAUAAAAUAAUCACCAUGUUUCUUGAUAAAAUUAAGGCUAACGCAACGGAUUUUGCCGAUGGUGAUGUUGCUCAGUUCCUUAAUGUAGAGAAUGCUUACAAUGCUUUCAGCGUACUCUUUGGGACUCGUUUAAACGAAAAGUUUGCGAGCAGAUUAAAAGCCUUUACUGAAGAACAUCUCAAGAGAGAUAAUCCCGAGAAGCAUAUGAAGACUCUCAGCACGGAAGAAAUAAAGAUAAUACCGUUGAAAGAAGAAAUAACCUAUGAACUUGAAAAAGAAUCUAUGGAAAGUGACAAAGAACGCCAAAGGGAUCAUCGUAUAAAGAACGAAUUCAGGUCUUUGUUGAAUGAAUAUUCAGAGAAAUUAGCAAAGAAGCCGGAAGUUUUUAUACAGAAGAACGAGGAUCCAAAUAAUGAAAAUAGAAUCAAAGAUACUGAAUCAUCUUCCGACAAGAAUAUGCGCUCGGAAUUGAGGAUUUACUUGCCACGUUUGCAAGAAGAUAUUAUGUCCAGGAAAAUUACGAGUGCAGUAGCUUUGGCUCACGCGAAAGCAGCUGCUUCCAUAGCUGGUAUGAUUAGCAACAUGGCCCUCGCAUCAGCUAUAUUGGGUAUGAUUCGACAAAGUGUAUUCGGAUCGGAAAAUCCGAAGAUCAAAUAUGUAUACGAUAAUGAUCAAACGGGUCCAGGGAUUACUUGGCCACAUCAUCAUAGAUCAUAUUAUCAUCAUGAGAAAUAGUAUUUUGAUUUGCCUGCUCAAGUCUACUUAUUUUUUAUGUAUACUAUAUUAAAAUCUCUAUACUA